AUGCCGUCGAAGUCAAAUAUAGACUCCUUUAUUGAUUUCUCGUCGCAAUUAUUAGAAGCAUAUCCAUCUACCACCACGCUUUCAAUAACAUAUGCGAAUGCGUUGAAGAAACAAUCAAAGAAUAAAGACAAAGAUGGGUCUAAAAUAGAUACUUCUAGCGAUAGUAACAACAAAAAGGCCACCAACUCUGUUACGUUUAAAUGCUAUGAACCAAAUUCUGGAAAGUGCAUUAAAUAUAGUACUUACAAGAUUAAAGAAUUAUCGAGGUUAUUGACAUUUAUUGGUCCUAGAGGAGUGAGUGUUUCGAAUACAAAGAAGAGACCAAUUGAAAACGAACAAGAUAAGGGCAAUGCCAAAAAGACUAAAGUCGAGACUAUAAAUGAACACACCAAUGGGUUGGCAAGUAUUAUGAGUAAUGUUAAAUUUGAUAAUGAAGAAUCUUUAUCUACCACCAUUUCAAAGGUUGAUACUCCUCCAGCCGAGGAAAAAGAAGCCGUGAACGCUAAUAAUGAACCAGCUACAAGCAGCAGUAAAAAUAAGAAGAAGAAGAAGAAGGGAAAGAAAUAG